UCCUGCCUUGAUUGCUUAGCUUUAGCUCCUCACACAUCCCAUAGCCAUGGCCGCCACUGACCCUUCCUACUACCAGAGUGGUGUUUGCCAAUCCAUCACACAGAAGCAGCAUCUCUUCCACUUAUACAUGAACCAGAUUGCCGAAGGAACCCCAAAUGCCAACCAAAAAGUCAUUGUGAAUCCAGGUCUUCCUAUGGAUUUUGGUGUAACCGUUGCAAAUGACUGGACCAUAAGCGAUGGUCCAGCCGCCAGUGCAAACCCUAUCGCACGUGCUCGUGGCAUGCACAUGGGUGAUGGUAAAGACGACGUAAACUGGUUAUUCUGUCACGAUAUAUUGUUUACUGAUACCAGGUUUAAGGGGUCCAGCCUUAAGGUUCUUGGAGACUUUGUAGCCAACAAAGAUAGUGAAUGGGCAAUUGUAGGUGGAACUGGAGAAUUUGCAUAUGCACAAGGUGUUGUCGUCGCCAAAGUAAUCCAAAAUAUACAACCUACUCCCGGGCGUACUUGGGAGCUUCGUAUCAGUGCUUUCUAUCUGUGCAUCCCCAACGUGACCCCAGUGAACAAGAUGGGACCUUGGGGAGCAGACGGAGGGACAACGUUUGACAUCACAGAGCUGCUUCGUUCUCUUCAAACCAUGACAAUUCGAUGUGGAGACGUGAUUAACUCAAUUGGGUUUUCGUACACCGACCAAGAUGGUCAGAAGAAAAUUGCUGGACCGUGGGGUGGUGAUGGUGCACUUAGUGUGACGCUGAGUCAUUCUUUUUGGAUUAUUUCAAUAUCAAGCUUGCUCCUUCCGAGUUGAUAAAGCAAGUUCUUGGAACAACUGAUGCAGUUGGAGGAGUGACUGUUGUUACAUCACUUACUUUGGUCAGAAGCGUCACGACAUAUGGGCCUUUUGGAAAAGCAAAUGGCACUCCUUUUAGCAGCCAGGUUACAGAUAGUAACACUAUCGGGGGGUUCUAUGCGCGUGCUGGGGCGUCUGUUAAUUCACUUGGAGUCUAUGCGUGCCCAAUUUAGCACAGUGUAUGUGCUAUGUGGCAUGAGAAUCUUCAUGGCUCUGGUCGACGACUCGCUUCUGUUUCCAGUAUUCCAACAAUGGAGAAGGAUUGUCCUUGUCGUGAUCUUGUGUACUAUUUAUUUUCCUUCUCAUUAUGUGUGUUUUCCUCUAUUGUGUACAUGUAUUUCCUUGAAAAAUAAAUGAUAUUCUCUCCAAGAAAUUGAUGGUAA